AUGGCUUCUCGACGGCUCGCUUAUCAAUUCAACCAGGCUCUGCGCACCCGCGCUGCCUUGAACGCCGUCCAGCCCGCGAAGCGCGGCUUUGCUUCGCCCGUUGGUCUGCCAUCUCGAACGCAGUCGACAACGCUGUCGAACGGUCUAACCAUUGCCACCGAGCACAACCCCUAUGCUUCCACCAGCACAGUUGGCGUAUACGUUGACGCCGGUUCCCGUGCAGAGACCGAUAAGACCAAUGGAACUGCCCACUUCCUUGAGCAUUUGGCUUUCAAGGGCACCAACAAGAGAACCCAGGGCCAGCUUGAGCUUGAAAUUGAAAACAUGGGUGGUCACUUGAAUGCUUACACAUCGAGGGAGAACACUGUCUACUAUGCCAAGUCAUUCAACGCCGAUGUGCCUAAGGCUGUCGAUAUCCUCGCUGAUAUUCUGCAAAACUCGAAGCUUGAGGCUUCUGCUAUCGAACGCGAGCGUGAUGUCAUUUUGCGGGAAGCCGAGGAAGUUGAGAAAAUCAGUGAGGAGGUUGUCUUUGACCACCUCCAUGCGACGGCCUUCCAGGGCCAGCCUCUUGGCCGUACCAUUCUCGGACCCAAGGAAAACAUCCAGAGCAUUCAGCGUGACGACCUUGUCAACUAUAUCAAGACCAACUACCUGGCCGAAAAGACCGUUCUUGUUGGCGCCGGUGGUAUUGAGCAUGACACACUUGUCAAACUCGCUGAACAAAACUUUGGCAGCUUGCCAUCUGCUCCACCAUCUUCUGCUGCCGCUGCUGUUGCUGCCGAACAGAAGCGCAAGCCAGAGUUUAUCGGCUCUGAGGUUCGUCUCCGUGACGACACUAUCCCAACUGCACACAUUGCUCUUGCAGUUGAGGGUGUCAGUUGGAACGAUGACAACUACUUCACCGCUCUUCUUGCUCAGGCUAUUGUUGGUAACUGGGAUCGUACCAUGGGUAACGCUGGUUUCCUCGGCAGCAAGCUUAGCAGCCUUGUUUCCCACCACAACCUUGCCAAUAGCUUCAUGAGCUUUUCCACCAGCUACAGUGACACUGGUCUCUGGGGUAUUUACCUCGUCAGCGAGAACCUUACUCAGCUCGACGACCUCGUCCACUUCACUCUCCGCGAGUGGUCUCGUCUGUCUUUCAGCGUCACUGAGGCCGAGGUCGAACGCGCCAAGGCUCAAUUGAAGGCAUCCAUUCUUUUGUCUCUUGACGGCACUACUGCUGUUGCCGAAGACAUUGGUCGCCAGAUCAUCACAACCGGCCGCCGUCUGAGUGCCGAAGAUGUCGAGAGGACAAUCGGACAAAUCACUGCCAAGGAUGUUAUGGAAUUUGCCAACUUGAAACUCUGGGACAAGGAGCUCGCUAUCAGUGCUUACGGUUCUAUCGAGGGUCUGCUCGACUACCAGCGUAUCACCAACGACAUGAGCCGUAACUUGGCUUAG